CCCUCCCAGAGAGAGAGACAGAGACAGAGAGACUCAUCCAGAGCCUGAGUGGACCCGAGAGAGGCUGUCCCAGAGAGUUCCCUCUGCCCCCUGACAGCAUGAAGACUGAAGCCAGGUUCUUGGAGCUGGAGAAUGGGGGGCUGCUGCCCAUCAGGGAGUCCGGCUCCAACACAAGCUGUUUCUGGCGGACUCUGUGUGCACUCGCUGUCCUCGGCUUGUUGCUGCUUUCUACCUCUCUCCUCCUGCUUCAGUUUGGAGUGCUCCCUACAAACCAGGAUUCAGGAUUAAAGCUGGAAGUCUCCCAUCCCUCACUGACAACAGCUGCUCAGACCAGCGGUUUGCCUCGACUCCUGCAGCAGGUGGGGAGUGACCCCCGGCCGAGAAUCGCAGCUCACCUGACAGCUUCCCCAACCAGCAAAGGAGGGACCGUGAUUUGGCAGAAUGAGAGUGACUCCACCUUCACCGAGGGGCUGGAGUUCAGGGACAACCGUCUCAUCAUCAAGAGGCCUGGACAGUACUUUGUCUACACCCAGGUGGUCUUCCACAGCAUGGAGUGUCAGCCCCAGGCCGUCUACCUAAGCCACGAACUCACCAAGCUGUCGCCAAGUUAUCCCGAGGAAGCCAUCCUACUGAAAGCCACCAAAUCCGCCUGCCACUCUCACCAACGCAAGGAGCCCUGGUACAAAACCUCCUACCAGGGAGCCAUCUUUGAGUUCCUGGAGGGAGAUCAGAUAUUCUCCAGGGUUAACAAGGAGACAACGGGAUAUGUAGACAUAACCGAAGGGAAGACUUUCUUUGGAAUAUUUGCUGUCUAAUUCUCCCGGGUCACUUCCACUGUUUUUAUGAUGUCUGUUCAAGAAUUUCAAAUUGAAAUGCAGAUUGGGGCACAUUGUCCUCACCAACACGAAUCGCACAAUGAGAUGAACUUCUUUAAUUUAUUUAAAGGCUUGCAGCAAUAUAAGUUCUCAAAUAUGCAGGGAUUUUAUGUCUGGGUGGUCCAGUGAAUUACCAGGAUUGCAAACCCUGAUUUCUGCAUAGCACCGUAUCACUCAUCAGGGCCCAUUCACCAGGGUUUCGGUAUUUUCAAAUCAAGCUGCUUUGAAAUGUUUUGACACAACUCUGGAGCAGAUAAGACUUCAUUCUGGCCUCCUACAUCAGAGUUAGAGACAUUACUACUCUGCCACCAGACUCUGAUAUUCAGCAGAUGAGCCCGAAAAGGCUAAACCGCCUCCACUUUUCCCCAUGAUAUUCCUAUUUCCCACAGACUGGGAACAGCUGGAGGUCAUUCAUUGCUGUCUGUGUGAUUCCAUGAAUUACCUUGUUAAAGUGUAAGUGGAGAGUUGCAAACAAUUGUGCUCUAACUAAGCUGAACUGUUCAUUUAAGCAAACAUUACACACCACUACUUAAACACCCUGUGGCAGAAUAGUAAUAUCUCCAUUUCUGAUUCCAAUUGAAAUUAUCAGUAAGACAGUGGUUCUUAAUUUAUUUUGUAUUUAUAUCACAUUUUUUGUAGUUUAACUUAUUUGAACUUUUACUCCUUAUGGAGACAUUAAUUAAACAAUCACUGGAACUAACAAGCAGGGUCUUGGGUCUGAUCUUCCGAAUGCCUUGUCCCUGAGAGCAGGGGCUGGUUUUCCUGAUGGUGCUCUCCUUGUAUGUUUAUGUAGCUCUAUUAUUGAGGCCCUUGUGGCACAAUGCUCAUGUCCCGAGCUUUUGAGCCAGGAGGUUUUGGUUGAGGUGCCACCUACUGCUGAGGCUUGUCAUAACAUGACUGAAUGUGUUAGCAAGAGAAAAAUAUUGGAUAUAGGUUUGCUUGCUGAGCUUGAAGGUUCAUCAGCGAGUCACAAAGAUGUGCAGGUCAGGUGAAUUGGCCAUGCUAAAUCGCCCAUAGUGUUAGGUGCAUUAGUCAGAGGGAAAUGGGUCCGGGUGGGUUCCUCUUUGGAGGGUCGGUGUGGACAUGUUGGGCCGAAGGGCCCGUUUCUACACUGUAGGGAAUCUAAUCUAAUCAAACCUACAUCCAAAACCUCAACUUGAGCUACAAAUCGUCUCAAAGCUCGCUAAAAGAAAAUCGAAAUCACUGUAAAUCCUCCAUGGUGGUGUUUGUACUAGCCUUGUAAACCUUCAGUGAUCAUUACUUGUCCCAAUUCAAUGAAGAAGACAUUGGAUGAUGAAGACCAGCCAAGCUUUCCAACAAUCAGUUGGCCUUCAGCGUGGUUGGUUGACAGUUUUUAAAAUAUGUAUGCAUCUUACAAUGUAUACAUUUUCCUGAAAGAUGCCUGAUGGUGAAUACA